ACUGAGGCCCAGAGGCAGCUGAGGCACGGCUGCAUUGCUGCCAGCCAGCCAGCCAGCACAGCCAGCCCAGCCAGGGAGGAGUCCGCAGUACGUUCGCGUGCUUUGCAUACUUUGGUUGCAUUUUUUCCAGCGCUGCUCCGCCACGUUCCGCUCUGUUCCGACCCGCGCACCGGACCGGCUGCAACACGGUAGCGCGCGAUUUGUCCGUGCGAGCGAGCGAGUGAGUGAUUUCCAGUCGGCAGGAGCUUGGGGGGAUUCCCAGUUUGAACUGGCCGCUUUUUUGGCAUCCUUUUGUUGCUGGUAAUCAUCGUCGAAUCGUUGGAUCGUUGGCUUCGAGGCAGCAAACUGUGCCUUUUUUUCGGGGUUCGCGUUCGCGUUCGCUCCUCCCUUUGUCAGUCGUAAUUUGCUUGCCAUUUUCCGCGUCUCGUCCCGUCUCCGUGUGCGUGUGUUUUUGUGUUUCCGGCCUCGAAUUUUUCCGCGCCCAAAGUUGGCCAUUUUGGCGCCAGUUUUUUGCCGGCCUCCGGUAUUGGCAGAGCGAGCGAGAGAGAGAGACCGACAGAUUUGCGGCUAAAAUCCUUCGAUACCAAUGCCAUAAAUCAAAUGGCAUAAUUGUGCGUGUGUGACCAGCGUCUAACGGGCAUCCUGCAUCGUCCAUCCGGCAGUGCUCCAGCGUUGCGUGCCACCGAGCCUCGAGGACUCUCUGGACCACAACAAGUGGACAGACGGUGGGCCACCUGUCUGAGGAGGGGAAGUUUGGCGGAUUAUGUCUUUAUAGGCCCGCCAGAGUCAACAAAUCCCCGAACCAAAUGAAGUGCCGUGGCAUUUGAUUAGAAACAACGACUACUCAACGCCCCCAAAGCCGCUUAAUUUGUGUCCAGUGUCCGUGUGAGUGUGUCUUGCGUUUGGGGCAGCAACAACGGCGUUGUAUCACCUGUAUCGAUUGCCACAAUACACCAUCUGCUAUGAAGGCAACGUCCAGCAGCACCCCGCCCACCACCACCAGCAGCAGCAGCAGCGCCGCCAGCAGCAGCAGCCAUCCCCAGGAGCCAUCCCUGGCGGGGACGGCGGCCACCACUGCGGGGGCGAGCACCUCGAAGCCCCACCGGCUGGCCAAGGUAUCGUUCGCACCGCUGGACAUCGGCGUGCCGACGGUGGCCACGUGAUACGCGAACACGAUGCCCAACCACAACAUCGUGUGCGAGUGGCUGCGCACCAUCGGGCUGGCCCAGUACGGGGAGAGCUUCCUGGAGAACGGCUACGACGAGCUGGAGAUCUGCAAGCAGAUCGGCGAGAUCGAUCUGGAUGCCAUCGGCGUGGACAAUCUGUCGCAUCGCGGCAAGCUCUUGAAGAGCGUCCGCAUGCUGCGCGAGAAGGGGGCGGCCAUUGUCUAUGUGCUCAUCAACGAUCCGAAGGCGCUCAGCAACAGCAACGAGAUCCUGGCCUCCGACUGUGAUACGCCCGUGACCAUGAAGGAGCUGGAGGCGGUCAUGAAGCGGCACCUCGAGGCCGACGGCAUCCGCCUCACCGCCCACCCGUACUCCACACCGGAGGGCAAACGUGGAUAUCUGGAGGGACUGGCCGCCCACUACAGCAAGCAGAUCAACAUGCCGUACGAGGACGUGCUGGAUGCCAUCGAACAGGUGCGCCUAUCCAAGUGGAAGGAGCGGCAUGUGCGCAUCUCCACGGGGCACACGCUCACCCGCCGCCUCGCCGGCGUUCCGGGCUCCAGCAGUUCCGGCGGAGGACUGGUUAGCUCCUCGGUGAUGCCCACCAGCCACAGCCAGCCGCUGUAUGUGCCCGGCAAGUAUUUGCCCUCCAGCUGCCUCUCGAAUCGCGAGGAGAACGAGAUCUACAGCUACACGCAGAACGAUUUGGCCAAUCGGAUGGCCCGCAACGCCAUCGACUCCAAGUCGGCCCUCAAUCUGAACGGGAUGCAGCACAGCUAUCCGGGGGCGCGCACCAAUUUCUUUUACGACUUUUCCGCAACAGAGGGCCGCAACAAGAACAAGCAGCGGCGCACGGUCUUUGCCCGCUUCCUGCAGGGCCUGCGGCAGAGCGGCGACGAGCUGAACGCCACCGAGGGAAUGCAGCUGAAGACAAACGAGCGACUGAGGGCCUGCAGCACGAUGAAGCGACCUGAGCCGCACCAGGACUUUGAGAAGACCAUUCAGAGACUCAAGACACAAAAGGCGGCCCAGAAGAAGCCCGCCAGCGCGCCCAUGGACAUUGCGUGUCACGAACGGAACAAGGAGGUGGCCCUGGCCCAUGCCCACGUCAACGAGAUGCCGCUGAACAACUACACGAAGCAUCCCUAGGACACGGCCCUAAGCAGCGCUGCUGCUUAAGAUCAACGCUAAACAAUCGAACCCCCAAUCAACACACAGGCAUUUCAAUCAAUUCAAUCUUUCAAUCAGGUGAUACACAUGUUAGGCAAGCAGGAAUCGGAGCAUAGUCUACUCGUAUUACUCGAAGAGGCUUAGAGACUUAGGGAUAGUUAAGGAUCAACGAAGCAAUAUAGCAAUACGUACAUAUAUGUAGCCAUAGAUUUAGUGGAGUUUGACUUACCUCUAGAACUAAUUGAAUUACCUAGAACCUUACCUGAUCGCCACCUGAACUCUCUCUCGUGUAUAGUCACCACCUAGGAUAGCACCCUCUAUAGCUCCUCUAUAUAUAACUCUCACUUUGUUUCGUUUGCACCCUCUCCAUUGAUGCCUCCCCACAGACUCCCACUCAAAAUCGCCAUACAGAAUCAAUCAGGACAGGCUCUUGCCCCGAAGUCUAUCAACAAUUAUUUCGAACACCCCGAAAACACACAGAAACACACAGAAACACAGUCUGCGAAUGCGGCACCAAACUCCACUGGGAAAUGUUGACACAACGCAAAAAUCCAACAAGCUUAACGCUAAAUCAACACCCAUACAGACCGAGAGGGGACACACACACACACACACGCACGCACGCAGGGAGGGAGGGAGAGGCGGGGAUACAUACUCUCCCACAGAUAGGGAGCCCGGGCCCGAACCCGAUCCCGGCCCGGCAAACUUGUCCUAACCGCAGACGUUGCACAGACAGACACUGACGGAGCAGACGGACGGCUCUGACUGUGUGGCAUUUCCGUUUCAACUUGGCAUUGCAUCGAUUUUGGUCUUUGGUUUUUCGGGUGCGUGGCACAUGCACCAUGCCGCACCGGCUUCCAGGGAGCGGGUUGCUCCUGCGGGUUGCAGCUGCAGCUGCAGGCGGCCUUUGCCAUUUGCCUUUUUUGCAUUUUAAUUGCAUGUUGCGCCCGAAAGUAUGCAACGAACUUGCCCCGGACCCACAUAGACA